UUCCUUUAAGGUUGUCGAAGUUUUGUAGUUCCUGUGGAGUUGACCUGUCAGCCUUGUAGUACAAGCUGUCACUGCUGAUAAUUUAUAUGUCCUUCUGGUAGUUGCAGUUUUGUGCCAGCGGUACAGUAAGCUAUAAGGCGUUGGACAUACUGGGUUAUCCGUACUUACCGUCGUUACUGGUAUCAGCUAACCAGCGACCUAACAGCUAAAGUUGGCUAACAAGCAAACCAGCUUGACAGCUAGCUUGCUAGCUAGCAUUCGACGAUAGCUAGCAGUGUUAGUGGGCUUUUUGCAGUUAGCUUGCUAGUGUGCUGGCGUACGAGGCAAGGAAGCCGCCCACUCCUAUAAGGCAGCAUUACGGACGAAAGAGUCAAGAUGGAGGCUCAAAGCUCCAGUGAGCUCCUGCUGUCCAGAAAGAGGAGAAGAGAGGGCUCCAAUGGGGAGACCGAGGAGGGAGAGCGACUUGGGAAAAUCCCCAGAUGUACUGUGGGAUUGAAGCACCCUGCACCAUUCGCAGAUGAGUUGGAGCCAGCUGAUAAUAAACCCUAUGUGAGAGUCAACAUGGAGGAAGCCAAGAGGGGAACACCACCUAAUAGACCAGUGCGGGUGUAUGCAGAUGGCAUCUUUGACCUUUUCCACUCAGGUCACGCCAGGGCACUCAUGCAAGCCAAAUGCCUUUUCCCAAAUACGCACCUCAUUGUCGGAGUGUGCAGUGAUGAUCUGACCCACAAAUACAAGGGCUUCACAGUGAUGAAUGAGGAUGAGCGCUACGAUGCCAUUAGGCAUUGCCGCUAUGUGGAUGAAGUGGUGCGAAAUGCUCCCUGGACGUUAACUCCCGAGUUCCUUGCGAGACAUCGCAUCGACUUUGUGGCCCAUGACGACAUCCCAUAUUCAUCAGCGGGCAGUGAUGACGUGUACAAGCACAUCAAGGAAGCUGGUAUGUUCGCUCCCACCCAGCGGACAGAGGGCAUCUCCACGUCUGACAUCAUCACGCGUAUAGUCCGUGACUAUGAUGUGUACGUCAGACGCAACCUGCAGAGAGGAUACACAGCAAAGGAGCUCAACGUCAGCUUCAUUAAUGAGAAGAAGUACCACCUGCAGGAGCGUGUGGACAAGGUGAAGAGGAAGGUACGUGACGUGGAGGAGAAGAGCAAAGAGUUCGUCCAGAAGGUGGAGGAGAAGAGCAUCGACCUCAUCCAGAAAUGGGAGGAGAAGUCCAGGGAGUUCAUCGGCAACUUCCUGCAGAUGUUUGGUCCUGAGGGAGCUCUGAAGCAUAUGCUGAAAGAAGGGAAGGGCCGCAUGUUGCAGGCCAUCAGUCCCAGGCAGAGCCCCAACAGCAGCCCCACCCGUGAGGAGCGCUCCUCCUCUCCCACCUUCCGUCUGCCCUUCUUCACCAAGACCUCACCACCUCCCUCACCUCCGCCCCACCACAGCGGCACCCGCGUAUUCCUCAUCAGCGAGGAUGACGACGAAGACGAAGACAACUAGAGCGCUUUUGAAUCCUUCACUUUUGUGGGGGUCCGCAGUCAGUGCUACCAGUUAACUCAGCUGUUGAGUAAUGUGGUGUUCACCGAGCUCCUGCUUCUCUUUUUUUGUUUUGUUUGUUUGUUUUUGUUUUGUUUUGUUCAUGAUUUUGACAUUUAGCAUUUAAUUGUCAACUUGAACAGCCGGUUCAUCCAUCACACUUGUUUUUUAACAGCCAAUUUUGUCCUUUUUGUUCUUAUGUAACGGUCAGUAAAAGUUAGCACUCAUCACCUGAGUUUUUGAAAAAUUAUUCAUUUAUCUCAGUCACUAUUUAUGUUAAGAUUAUUAGUCACUCACUGUCACAUAUUUGCAGGGGUUUCACUCGAUGCGCUCUUCCAUCUAUGACCACAUCGUUAAGGUUGGCAUUGUAGUGAGGUAUUUGUAUUUUCAUUUUUGUCGUGGCUCUAGCGGGAGGGCUCGCAGGGUUUUUUGGUCACUUGUCAGAACAGCACAUCUAAUUUGGUGUGGGAGACGUAAGCUGAGACCCCAUGGAGACACUGUUGAACAUCUCCAGGGGAGGUUUUUCAGAGCAGGUCGGAAGGCUGGACAUAUAAACAAUCUGCUUGUUCAGGGCGGUUUAUAUUCUGCUCAUAUUAACAGGAAACCAACCUGGCUUUGUUUUUUUUUUCCUUCUUAAAUAUCGUGGAAGCUCCAGAUUACAUCGGCUUGGAGGUGAAUCUGAGAGUGUUAAAUGUCUACUAAACAGCAGCUUCUUUCCACGUUUGUUCGCCUGCUACGCGUGUCAGCGUGUAUGUGCAUGUGAUGUUUGUGCGUGCAAGCUCGUAUGUCGGCAUGUUUGAAAUGUUCUCAGUCAGCAUUCUCCACCUGUUGACAGAUCUGGGUUCAGCAUUGACUAUAUAGUAUAAUAACACAUUUGAUUUCCAGUUUGUUUGGUUUUUUUUGUUUUUUUUGUCGGCUGACAAGAUUCAGUCUUUGCAAGACUAGUUUCAAACUGGACACCUUGUAGCAUAAAGGAAAGUCAAACAAGGACGGCCCAUUUUAAAUGUUUAUGUAGAAAUGCUUAUUUUUGUAGAUAUCCUCUUUCCUGUAUUCUCUGUACACAUACUGAUCUUCAUCAUCCCUGUUCGAAAGUGCUUUACAGUGUGAGCAGUGAUGAAACAUGAGCAAGGCUGGAGUUAUAUAUAUUUUUUGUAAAGCAGAUCCUGCAUCACCUGGGCCAACAGGGAAGUAAUAUUUUUCAUCUGAUACCUGUGUGUUGACAAGAGAAAGUGUUAAGUUUUCAUAUAUAUAUAUGUUCAUAUAAGACCUGAGAACUGUCUAAAUGCUACUACUUCUUGCAAGAAACUACAUCUUUUGGUUAAUUUGAGUCACAAGCACAAAAUAGGAUUGUUUUAUGAAUAAGGCCUUCUCACUGGUAACACACACACACACACACAUGGCAAAAUAUACAAGGCCAUUCCAAACAUGUAGGGUUUUGGGAUUUGCACCAGUCUGCAGACGAACUGUGCAUGCGGUCUGCGUCAGUUUAGAGACCGGAUGCAGACCGGACUGUGUAGUGUCACAUAAGCGGUUUGAGGUGUUCAGAUUUUAUGCAUCAGUAAAACUCCAGAUUAACAUUUAUUGUAGCUACCUCCUCCUUCCAUGAACUGAUUCUGUUACAUAAGAUGAGCACAAAGUAUGAACAUUACUUUUCCUUUCUGAACAGAGCCAUUGUUUGCAGCACUGAAGAAAAGUGACUGGGCCAAAGGUUUUGAGAUUUUCCGGCCUCAGUGUGUGUCUCGCAUCUUAAGUGGUAAAAGCAUGUCUUGUGUCUCCUAUAUAACCGAAAAAUGAAACAUCAAAGGUGAUCUGAAGAUGUAAUGCAAUAUUAUUUGAUGACUCUAAUGUAAAUGUUGACAGAUUGAUCUGUUCUAGGCUAGGUUUCCCUAAAGCACUUUCUGGUUUCAGUCUUUCAAUCAAGACUGCCUCUGUUCUUGUAGGUGCAAAUCUGAUUUUAAAGUCUAGAAAAUUACUAAAAAACAUAAAUAAAUCCCACCAGUCAUAAAGGUUCAUUUUUUUUGUAUUAAAAGUACAAAUCAAGUAUGCUUUACAGUGGAAAUUUAGCCUAGAUUUUGGUGCUAAGCUACUUCUGGGAAUCUCUUCAUUUAAAAUCAGCAUAAACGUCUGAGUGAGCGCAUGUCCACGUUACGAGUUCAAGAUGGCAAAGAAUCGAGUGACAGGCCAAUGACAGCCACACGUGUAAAUGUUUUUAACAGCAAAGUGUUUUAAUUGUGUUAUUUUACUGUUUGGGGUUAUUUUUGUUUGUAGAACAAGACAGGAUAAAUGUAUUAAACACAUUGGCCAAAGCA